AUGAAGCUCCCGGCUUUCCUGAGCCUACUGGCACUGGUGCUGCUAGAAGCAGGGACAGCUUCUCGCCCAAAGGGGAGGAAGAGGAGAGACCAGACUAACGAGGAAGGAGAUUCUUAUGCGGUCCUCAAUCUGGGGAACUACGUCCCUGGCCUGGACAACUACGAUGAGGUCAUUGACCUGAGCGACUAUGAGGGGCUCAUGGACUAUGUGGACCAGCUCCCCGAGGUCAAAGUGACCAGCCUGGCUGCUCCAACCCAGAUCAGUUCCACUCAGAGCACGAUGGAUCCAAGGACACUCUCUUCAAAGCCCCCAGUGACCAAGCCUACUAUGCUGGGCCUCCCGGGCUCCCCAAGCAGCCACGACCUGCCUACCUGUCUGAUCUGCGUGUGCCUCAGUUCCUCUGUGUACUGUGAUGACACUGACCUAGAGAGCAUCCCGCCUCUUCCCAAGGCAACCGUUUACCUGUACGCCCGCUUCAACCGCAUCAGCCGGAUCCGAGCUGGAGACUUCAAAGGGCUGACAAAACUGAAGAAGAUCGACCUUUCUAGCAAUUCCAUCUCCUCCAUUGAUGAUGAUGCCCUCCUCCCGCUGCCUGCCCUUCAGGACCUGAUCCUCCCGGAGAACCAGCUGACGGCUCUGCCUGUGCUGCCUACUGGCAUUGAGGUCCUGGACGUCCGCCUGAAUCGGCUCCAGAGCUCGGGCAUACAGCCUGCAGCCUUCAGGGCGCUAGAGAAGUUGCAGUUUCUCUACCUGGCUGACAACCUGCUGGACUCCAUCCCCGGGCCCCUGCCCCCGAGCCUGCGCUCACUGCACCUGCAGAAUAACAGGAUAGAAACCAUGCAGAGAGACGCCUUCUGUGACACGGAGGAGCACAAACACAGCCGGAGGCAGCUGGAAGACAUCCGGCUAGACGGCAAUCCCAUCAACCUGGGCCUCUUCCCUAGUGCCUACUUCUGCCUGCCUCGGCUCCCCACCGGCCGCUGCUGCUAG